AUGUUCUACGUCCAUUUGCUCAUCAACAAGCGGGGGCCGCUGGCCAAAAUCUGGCUGGCUGCUCACUGGGAGAAGAAGCUGACCAAGGCACAUAUCUUUGAGUGCAAUUUAGAGGCCACUGUCCAAAAAAUCCUCUCCCCAAAGUUUGCUAUAGCUCUGCGAACCUCUGGACACUUACUCCUGGGGGUGGUGCGGAUUUACAACAGGAAAGUAAAGUACCUCUUGGCAGACUGCAAUGAAGCUCUGACCAAAAUGAAGACAGCCUUUCGUCCAGGGCUUCUUGACCUUCCAGAAGAGAACUUGGAGGCUGCUUAUCAGUCCAUUACAUUACCUGAAGAAUUUCAUGAUUUUGAAGCACCACUACCAGAUGUAAAGGCCAUUGAUGUUGCUGAACAUUUUACCUUGAAUCAGAGCAGAGCUGAAGAAAUCACACUUACAGAGGAUUAUGAAAGCAGUAUACUUCUCUGUGAUAGAAACUUUGAUGAAGAAGCAGAAGCACUGAGGAGACAGAGCUUCUUUGAGGGCAGUGUCCUGACGAGCAGUAACAGUCUGGUGGCCGAUCCCAACUCAGCCAGCACCAGUGGAGACAAAUCUGUGCUGCAUGAAGAUGUUUACUGCUUCCAGGAUGACUGUUUUGGGGAUGAGGAAGAUGCUGCAGAUAUGAUUGAAAUCUUGUUGAGGGAUGAGCAAAAUGUCCUAGAUAAAGACAUUCUUGAUGUGGAGGAAGCACGUCCUUUGUCACAAGAUCUGCCAGAGAACAGCACAGCCAUUGAGUCCAACUGUGCAGACAGCACCGUUAAGGAUGGAAAUCACACAAUGAGUGAGACAAUCCUUUUGUUCCAGGAAGAAGGAUUUGUGCUUGAGCCAAUUGAUGAUACAGCUGUCACCCAGAGGAAGAAAAAACAAAGAAAGAGGAAGCUGCUGGUGGAUGUGGAGAAGGAGCUGAGCUGCCAAACCAUUUACAAGCAGCUCACCAACUACACUGACCUCCUGGCCACGCUGGACCUCGCUCCCCCAACCAAGAAAACAAUGAUGUGGAAGGAGUGGGGAGCUGUGGAUAAACUCCUGUCCCAUUCUUCACAGCCUAUGAUUCAUGCUCAGCUGCAAAAGUUGUUUGAAAAAUGCUUCAAGACUGACAGAUUUAAGAUGAGAGCAAAUGGAAUACGGAGGAUGUCUGAAAUGAAGGAAAUGAGAAAAGAGCAAGAUACUACAGAGAUGCUGCCAGUAGAAGAGCCAAGUUACCUGCAGGAGCCAGCUCAUUCCGAGACUGGGAGAAAAAUUAGAAAUGAUUCCUUUAUGUUGACAAUACAGAAUGACAGAAAUGAAACCAAUGAGAACUGUGGUGAAAUUAUAGAGGAUGAAGCAGCUUUCUCUGAGAGCUCAAAAAAUUCCCUGGGCCAGGAAGUUGAAGCACAGCAGGUGGAAAUGCCAGAGAAGCAAACAGCCACUGGGGAAGACAACGAAGAAAUAAGAUGGGGCAAAAGAACUCUUCGGUUACAGAGAACUUUACAGCAACUGAAGAGAUCAGGCAUGUGCUCCUUCAGUUUUCGGGAGCUCUGCCAGAGAAACACCCGGAAAGAAGCUGCAGCCACAUUUUACAUCUUUCUGGUGCUGAAGAAGCAGCAGGUCCUCAAGCUGCAGCAGCCCGAGCCCUUCGCUGACCUCACGGCCACUGCUGGGCCCAUGUUUGACAGGAUCAGAUAA